UUGAUGGUGAAAAAGAUAAGUAGAGUUACAACAUGAUGAAAAAUUUGGCUAAUGUGGUCGGAGGAAAGACGGCGAGGGCAUGCGACAGCUGCCUGAAGAGGCGAGCACGUUGGUUUUGCGCAGCUGAUGAUGCUUUCCUUUGCCAUUCUUGUGACGGUUCGGUCCACUCAGCCAACCCACUUGCCCGCAGGCACGAGAGGGUUCUCUUAAAAUCGGCUAGCCCCGGAAAGCAACGCCACGACUCCUCCUCACCACCUCAUCCACCCACAUGGCAUCAGGGCUUUACACGUAAAGCUCGGACGCCACGCGGGGGAAAGAAGAGCCACACAAUGAUUUUCCAUGAUCUUGUGCCGGAGAUGAGCUCAGAGGAUCAGAGCUUUGAGGUGGAAGAGCAGCUCAUCUUUGAGGUGCCGGUGUUGAACCCAAUGUGUCAUGAAAAAUGCCUUAACGAAUCUGUGGAGUCAAAAAUCGAGCUACCGUUGAUGUCCAUGUGUUUCAAGGGCAGCGACGAAGAAGAUGACAACGCUGAAAGCUGUCUGAAUGGUUUGUUCCCGACCGACACGGAACUGGCUCAGUUCUCAGCUGAUGUGGAGAUUCUCCUCGGUGGAGGGACGGAUAGGGAAUACAAUAUGGAAGAGCUAGGGUUAGGUGAGAUGCUCAAGGUCGAAAAAGAGGAGGUGGAAGAAGAGGAAGAAUUAGCCACAAUAGAAGUGUGUGAUCUAGAUGUCGCUGAUGAGAUUACACCAUUUGUAAUAAGUUUUGAGUACGAGUACUCACAAAAAACGAAUCUUGAAGAAGAAGAUGAGAAACAAGAUGUGGAGAAUAAUAUGAUAGACGUGGGAGUGAAUGAGAUGAGUUGUUCGAUUAAGGAAGAGAAGAAUGAGAAGGUUCAUAUGCUUAGGUUGGAUUACGAGUCGGUGAUUUCCACUUGGGGAGGUCAAGGAACACCAUGGACCGCCCGGGAGCCACCUCAAAUAGACCUCAACAUGCUCUGUUGCCCAACCGAUUCCAUGGUUGAAAGUGGAGGAGAGGCUCAUCAUCACAACUACGUUCGCGGCCUAGGUUUACACAUGGGAGAGGCUGGUAGAGAAGCAAGAGUUUCAAGAUACCGGGAGAAAAGAAGGACAAGGUUGUUCUCCAAGAAGAUAAGGUAUGAGGUACGUAAAUUGAAUGCUGAGAAAAGGCCUCGAAUGAAAGGAAGGUUCGUGAAGAGAUCUUCAAUUGCUGCUGCUCACUAAGUAUUGAUUAAUCAUAGAUAUUCACUCUGUGCUCCUCUUACUUCUUUGUUGUUUUAUUUUACUGCAAUGUUUGAAAAUUUUGCACGUUUUGUGAGCUAUGUAUGUAAUAUAUUUUAGAGAAAAUUACUAGAAUGUUACAGAAAAAUUGGUUUA